AUGUCUGCAUCCACAGCCAUUCCAGUCGAUGAAGAGCCAGCCACCAUCCUGCCUCCCAGUACCCUGGUCACUGCCAUGCAGUUGGACAUCGUCAGCAUGGUGGAGGAAGCCCUGAGGGGCUGUCCAGCCUCGGACGACACACCUGCUGAUCAUCUGUUCAUGCCCGAAUCUGUCCGGCUGCAAACUCAGCCCACCUGCCAAACCCCGUCCUCCCUCCCGACUCAUCGGCGGCUGCCCAGUUUUUGCUGUCCGCCCCAUACUGAAGGAGCUGCAGAAGGUUUGGUUAACCCUGCUCCUAUAUUGUACGGGAAAACUGGGCAAAAUGUGACAAUCCACAGCCGUAUGAAAGAAAUAUCGAAUUAUUACACGUACAUUAGCUGGUACCGUCUGAGACCGAGUGGAAAGGUGGAGCACUUAGCUUACUUCGGCUCAUUCACUGCUAAGUACGGCCGUUACACUGGAGAGCUUCCCAAGGGAUCUGAAAAUGCACAUCUAAACGUCUCCGGGGCGACAAUCGGCGACUCUGGACGUUUCUUCGCUGUGGAGGGCACUUCGAAAAAGCUAACACCUGGCUCCUCAUCAGUUUUAGUCAUAACAGAUCCCGAGGUUCUCCCUGUAAUGCGCGUGUUCCUCAGUCGCACAGGGACCGCUCUCUGUGAAUUGAAAGGCGGGGGUCCACACUGGAGUGAUCCUAAGUGGGAAACUGAUGAUGCCAAGCAAGGCCUGAAGUUGUUGCAGCCUGAGGCUGAAACUUUUAUAGAUGAGCACGGUGCAUUCAUACGGUCCUCCAUCCUCUCUUUGGAAGAAGGGAUCCGUGGUUUGAACUGUGUAUGUCAGCACAUCACCGGAGUUAUUAUCCGAACGCGGGUCAUACAAGCUCGCAAGGAUCAAUGCCAGCUGCUGCUGUAUCUAUCUCUGACAGCCAGUGGGCUGUGGGCCUGGACACAGCAGUGA